ACAUCAUUAAAAACAUAACCUCAAAUUAACAUGACAGUGUAUCAACAACACGUGUAAUUUAAAAUAUCGCGAUUUAACCCAAUUUUUGUAGAUAAAAAUGUCGUUUUUUAUUAAAAAGAAACCCAACCUGCAUGGAAAAUCUAAAGGUGUUAAAAAAUCGUCGAAAAGGAAACAUUUAAACCAGGAUGAUGAGCUUACAAGUAGCUCAGAAGCGGAGAGUGCUCACAGUGAUGAUCAAGAUGAAUCAGAUCCUGAUGAAACUGCCCAAGCCAAAAAAAUGCGACUGGCUAAAGCAUAUUUGAAAGAAAUUGAACGAGAAGUUGAAGAAAGAGAGGAGGAUGAAGAACAACACGACGAUCUUACAAGCAAUGAAAUUAAUAAACGAUUACGUACUGAUUAUCUAAAACAAAGUGGAAAAUUACGAACAACCAUAGCCGAUAAAUACCAAGGGUUUAAUAGCGAAAAUAUUAAAAUUUUACGAUGUAAGGAGCAUAAAAACUGUAUCACAUCUACUUUUAUAACAGCAGGAAAUGAAUUUAUUUUCUCUGGAAGUAAAGAUGGAAGCAUUGUUAAAUGGAGUAUAAAAGACUUGAAAAAAGUAGGAAGUAUCCCAUUCGUUAAGAAAAGCUCAUCUGAGACAUUUAAAGGACAUUCAAAAGCAAUUUUAAGCAUAGCAAUAUCAAUGGAUAACAAAUUUAUGGCAAUUGGAGAUGAAACUAAAGACAUCCAAAUUUGGAAUCCCCAAACAUUAGAACACAUCAACACCUUAAAAGGUCAUCGAUCGUCAGUGACCGGUGUUGUUUUCUGUAAAGAAACGCACACUUUAUACUCAUCAAGCAAAGAUCGUUCUGUUAAAGUUUGGUCUUUGGAUGAAAUGGCUUAUGUGGAAACUCUUUAUGGUCACCAUGAUGCUAUUACGUCUAUAGAUGCGCUCUCACGACAACGAGCUGUUACAACUGGGGGUCGAGACGCAACAGUACGACUUUGGAAAAUUAUGGAGGAGUCUCAAUUAAUUUAUAAUGGCCCAGAUGGUUGUUUGGAUGUAGUGAAAUUGGUUAAUGAAGAUAUAUUUGUGACUGGUGGUGAUGAUGGGCAGUUAUCUGUGUGGAGUGCGAAUAGGAAAAAGCCGCUUUGUGCAGUUAAAGAAGCUCACGGUUUGGAUUCGACUAAUCUACAACCGUAUUGGAUUUCUAGUUUAUGUUCUUUGGUAAAUACGGACGUUAUAGCUUCUGGUUCUCAAGACGGUGCAAUUAGAAUAUGGAAGUUAAGUGAUAGAUUCAGAAAUAUUGAGUUAUUAUUCAAAAUUCCAUUAAACGGAUUCGUGAAUAGUUUAAAUUUUACUUCUGAUGGAAAAUUUUUGAUUACCGGAGUUGGACCAGAACACAAAUUAGGAAGAUGGAAUGUAUUAAAAUCGAUUAAAACAGCCAUUGUUGUUAUACCUUUAAUAAAAGAUUCUUAAUAUUUA